AUAAAAAAUUAAAAAUAAAGAAAAAGCAUUUCAAAGGAAGGAGAGUUAAAAAACUGAAGUGGGUAGUGAUUGAGAUUGAGAUUGAGAUUGAGAUUGAGGAAGAAGAAGAAGAAAGAAGAUGGGAGAUGAUUCUUCAUCGCAAUCUUUCCUAAGGAGGCACUGGGAAGGCUACAAGGAGUUCUGGAGCGAUAGAUUUUCCUUCUACGAAAACUAUUCCAGGUUCUUCAACCGUGAUAAACCCCUUCCUUCCUGGUCCUCUUCCGAUGUUGAAGAGUUCAUCGCUUCUGACCCUGUACAUGGUCCUGCUCUGAAGACUGCUAGGGAAGCAGUAAACUUUGCUCUUACUGGAAGUGUUAUUGGAGCAGUAUCAACAGCAGGAGUUGCCUGGAAGUAUUCUAGGAGUUUGCAUGGUGCCGGACUGAGCUUUCUAGCUGGUGGUGUCUUUGGUUGGACAUUUGGACAAGAAGUUGCAAACCACUGGCUGCAACUUUACAGGUUGGACACUUUAGCUGCGCAAACUAAGUUCAUGGAAUGGUGGGCGAGCAAGUCUGAGGGACGAUCUUGAACUUUGCCUGUUUGGAAGCAAUGUAACAACUUCAUUUGCUUUUCUACAAUAAGAAUCGAAUGCACCAGUGUUGGAAAAAAGACAAAUGGUUAAUUGCAUCAACUUCUGGUCUCUGUUGAAGUGUGCUAAUUUCAGUUGGCUCAAAUUGUCCUUUUUAUAAACAAAUUUGAGUAGAUUUUGCAAGUUUAAAACUUGUUGCGGUUGAUGUUUGCAAUAAAUUUUUGUGGAGUGAAAA